UUACUCGGACGACAGUGCAGCAUCAUCAUCCACUCCAAGACCUUACUCGCAUGUGCUGGAUACCAGUCAUAGGUAUUUACAUAUGCAGUUCCCCCCAUGCAUACAUACACAGAUAUGUACAGUACGUCUUUGUAUCCUCGCAAGCUUUGGCUUCUCACCCAUGACUACCCCCCUGGCUAUCCUCCCUCAUCAUCAAUCCCCAGAGACCUGGUUACACAGUAUCAAGUGCACCUACGGUAUCUUGGCCGUACUCCGGGGGGCCUUGGAGGACCGGGGGGUCCUAGUUCAUCCGCUACGUCGAGCUUAGCGGGCUUGGUGGGGGUCUCGCGGGCUGCGAUAGGACCAGUGCCGAACGGAAGCAGGAAUCCCGAGUGGGACUGGACUUAUUGUUUCUGGGCUGGGCCACCUCUUCCUGUCUGUAAGCGCAGGUUAUGGCUCUGGGCUGCUGCUAGUACCUCACCAGCUUUUGCGCACCGUCUUCAUACUCCCCGUAGUGUACAAAGUGAGUGCGUAAUGACAUUGACAGGCAUCGACGUGCAGGGCAAGGUUACUGUCAAGAGUACCACCCAUCUGGAGAGGUACGUAUUUGGAUCAUGGUGUACAUCCACUCUGUCUGCCCUAGCUUGCCCGGGAUGUCAACCCAAGGAGAGAGAGUCCCAUCCGUUAUGGAAUCCCCAAAGGGCCUCGAAAAUGAGAGCGAGAUCUUUCGGCCUGAAGUGGCUUGCACAUCGAUUGGCGCCGCCGGAUGGAAAACCCCGGCUGCUGUCAGCCCACACUCAUCUUGUAUCUUUGAUACUGAGGUAUACAUAUAAUACCACAGGUACGGGCCCAAGGCAAUGAUAUGCCAUCUUAUCCCCCCAAGAUUCUAGCAUCCACUCAUCUCUGCCAGAGACUCGGGCCUCACUGGGCUUGAGGAUAUAAUACUCAGAACUAAUCCUAACU